GUAUAAAAAGCCUUGAUGGGUUGGUCAAUGCUCGACACUUUACAAAAUGAAACUUUUGUGGAUUUUAGCUGUCUGUUGCGUGACCGUAACGGCCAAUAAGCCAUUUGAUGACAACGAAAACCAAAUUCAUGGUGAAAAUGGUUGGUAUGUGCCCCGCGUCGAUGGCACCUUCGACUGGGUAGACAAAGAUGAAGCCGAAAAUUUGUUGGACUCCAUGGAGAGCGAUGUUGAGACUUACCUGUCGACAGUUCCCGUCAAAUACUAUUUGUAUACCAGAGCCAACCCCAGCAAGGGUACUAAGAUCACCGCCUCCAUCAAAUCGAUUGAUGCCUCCCACUUUGAUGGCAGCAAGCCCACCUACUUUGUCAUCCAUGGUUGGACCCAAAGUUAUACUGCCGGCAUGAACAAGGACAUUCGCGCUGCUGCUUUGAGGUCUUUUGAUUGCAACGUUAUUGUUGUAGACUGGGCUCGAGCCCGUUCUGUGGAUUAUGCCAGUUCUGUUAUUGCCGUACCUAAGGUUGGUAAAAAGGUUGCUGCCAUGGUUGACUUCUUGAACAAGGAGUACAAGAUGUCUUUCGAUACUUUGACCGUUGCUGGUCACAGUUUGGGUGCCCAUGUGGCUGGUUUUACUGGCAAGAAUGUCAAAAACGGCAAAAUCCACACCAUCAUUGGCAUGGACCCUGCCCUGCCUCUCUUCAGUUAUGAUAAACCCAAGAAACGUUUGGCGGAAACCGAUGGUGUCUUUGUUGAGUCUAUCCAGACCAAUGGAGGUACGUUGGGUUUCCUUAAACCCAUAGGCCGAGGAGCCUUCUAUCCCAAUGGCGGUGAGACUCAACCCGGAUGUAUCGCCGAUCUCACUGGUGCUUGCUCCCAUGGCCGCUCUACCACUUACUACGCUGAAGCUUUGGAGUUAAAUGACUUUGGCAGCAUCAAGUGCUCUGACUACAAAAAAGCUGUUGCUGAUGAUUGCGGAUCCACGUUUUCACCAGUGCUGAUGGGUGCUCGUGAUCUCAAAGAAGAGGUUCCCGGUGUAUAUUAUGUGCCUGUUCACAGAAGUGCUCCCUUUGGUGUCAGGAACUGGUCUAAUUAUGAAAAAGAUGAUUAAAUGAUCAACGUGAAUAAAAAACAAAACAUUUGUAUACAUCCUGAAAAACGUAUCUAUUUUUUUGUUGUUACAUCCUGCCAUGUGAACAAGUUAAUUACUUUGUUUCAAUUACCCCCAAAGGGUG